AUGGCAGCAGAGGGCUCCCUCACCGAUCGCUACAAAGGUGUUCUCAAAUCACGGAACGCCUUGAUGAGCAUCUUUGGCGUCAUCGCCGGAGCGUGGGUGGUUUUCCGGUCUCUGGCGCCCAAGCAUGGCGCCUAUGUGGUGUCGGACGAGGAGAGGGCGAUGGUGCAUGGUGGGUAUGGUGAGAAGAGCCCUGUGGGGAAUAGGAGGGCGACGGUGCCGAAGAGUAUCGAGAGGACCUAG